AUGCCCUCCGAAGCGACGCCAAUAGAUAAUAAUAUAGAUAUUCUCGAUGAGGAAUUUGAUGACUCGAUAGAUCAAGAGCUUGUUUCAGGGCAUGAUAUCCCAGACAACAUCACAAAUCCGCAAGAGUCUGAGGAUAGCGCAAAGCAGACAAAUACUCAAGUCCCAGAUUUAGGGAAAACUGAAAAGACCUUUAAAGAGAUUCUUCAAUUGAUGGAUGAUGAUCUUGCUCCCAUAAUCCCUGAUGCUGUCACAGACUAUUACUUAAGCAAGAGUGGAUUCGAAACUUCCGACGUAAGAAUCAAGAGAUUGUUGGCAUUGGCAACACAGAAAUUUAUAAGUGAUAUCUCUCAGGACACCUACGAGUACUCUAGGAUAAGAAGUUCUUCUGCUGUGUACAACUCUUCGAACCCACAGCUAAGGGCAAAGCAGCUUUUGCAAGGUCAACAAUACGCCAAUCAACAGAAUAAUGGGUCGAGCAAUAACGUUGAUGGUACUAAUGACCAGCCAACACAGGUCUUUUCAACAAACUCUAAUAAUCAGCAGGGAAAAAUUGUUCUAACGUUGGAAGAUCUUAGCAACGCCCUUUGUGAAUAUGGAAUUAACACCUCAAGACCUGAGUUCUACCGGUAA